AGGAGGAGGAGGAGAAGAUGCGUGGACGCGGCUCAGAGAAGCUCAGCACGCGCUUUUAGGCCACGGGUGGACCGGAGCAUCAGGUCCAGUCUGGAUUCUGAGCUGUGAUUCUGGAUUCUGGUUCUACAUCUUCUCCUGGAGCCGCUCCUUCAUCUUCAUCUUCAUCAUCAUCGGUUGCUGAGGUUCGUGGAUCCUGCGUGAGCGCGCGUGCCUGUGGCAUCUAUGCACGUGAACCUGGACUGUGCGCGUGAUGACGAGUACAGAGGGGGGGGAGGAGGGGGGGGGUGCUGCCGUCACCCGCCACCGCCACACCUGGAACGAAGAAGAGGGGGAAGAGGAGGAGGAGGAGGAGCCGCAUCCUGAGGAUGAAGGAGGAGAGGAGUGUCCCGAGGGCCAGAGCUUCGGGAGCUGCGGGGACACGUGUGCGGGACACGCGGGGAAAGUGAGCACAGCUGAGGAUGAAGAUGAGGAAGAGGAUGGAGCCGCGGGAGGAGGAAGAUCGUGUAAGAUGCAGGCGAUGACUUCAAACUGCAGCAGCAGCGACAACUGCAGUCCGACCCCGAGCUGCAGGAUCUGCUUCCAGGGCGCAGAGCAGGGCGACCUGUUGAACCCGUGUCGCUGCGACGGCUCAGUGCGUUACACUCACCAGCACUGUCUGCUGAAGUGGAUCAGCGAGCGCGGCUGCUGGACCUGCGAACUCUGCUGCUAUCGCUUCCACGUCAUCGCCAUCAACAUGAAGAGGCCCUGGCAGUGGCAGUGGAUCAGCAUCACUCUGGUGGAGAAGGUUCAGAUCAUCGCUGUGUUCCUGGGCUCUCUGUUCCUGGUGGCGAGCAUGUCGUGGCUGCUGUGGUCAGCUCUCAGUCCUCAGGCCGUGUGGCAACGCCGUGACGUACUCUUCCAGAUCUGCUAUGGCAUGUACGGCUUCAUGGACCUGGUCUGUGUUGGCUUGAUUGUCCAUGAGGGGGCAGCAGUGUACAGCGUCUUCAUGCGCUGGCGAGCUGUCAACCUGCACUGGGACGUCCAGAGCUAUGACAAGGCCGAGGACAUGGAGGAGACGAGCACCGCUCACUCCUCAUCGGCCCCCAGGACGCUGUGGUUGCCCCUGGCGACCUUUGGCCCCAGUGGCCCCUCACACUCCACGCAGCUGGGGCCGCGGCCGUGGAGCUGCUGCCUCUGUCCUCGACUGCUGCCGCGGAGUCGCCUGAGCCAGGACAGCGGAGAGGGAGAGGUCGUCAUACGUGUGACCUCAGUGUAGCACACACACACACACACACAUGUUGGACAUUCAUGACUUGAGGGGACAUUGCAUUGACUAACAUUGAUUUCCUGGAGACUUACUCUAACCUUUACCACAAUUACUACUGGCCUAAUCCUAACCCUGACCCUAACCUCAACCUAACCUUAAAACAUAUCUUCACCUUAAAAUGUAGUUAUUUACGUUGUGGGGACUUGAUUUUUGUCCCCACAAGGAAGACAAGUCACAUAAUGUGACUGUGUAAACCGUUUUAGGUCCCCACAACAUUAGUAAUACCCGCACACACACACACUCACUCUCCCACACCAAAGCCCAGAGAGAAAAUCAGUGAUUGUAGCUGCUGGUCCUCUGCUGCCUCGUGUGGUCACUUUGUGUCUCUGCGGAAUGUCUAAAUUAGAUAUUUCAAAAGCCGAAUUUGACUAAAUAAGACAUUAGAAGUUAGUGAUGGAGGCAGCCGUGUAAGUGUGUGUGCGUGAGUGUGUGUGUGUUUACAAACGUCAGUUUCCUGUUAUUAGACAGAUGUUAGUGAGAUAAAGACGUGAACAUCAUGUUUCCUGAUGUUUUUCCUUGUGUGUCCAGCGGCGGCCAUGUUGCCCCAUGUUGUUCUCUGUGACUUCCACAAACAGGAACUAUCCCUUUAUUCAGUGUUUUGGAUGAUUUGAUUAUUUGGUGCCUUCGUCACUGUGCAGCACAGUAAUUACUUGAAUGUGACUUUUUGCUGUUGGCUGUUAUUUCUAUUUCUUUUGAAUGUAUCGUUGAUGUAAAGUAUAAAGAAUAUUUAUAUA